AUGAAUUCUAUCAUCGACGACUAUGUGCUCGCAUUUUCAGAAGGAUGUAACGACUUCAUAACACUAACAGAAACUUGGCUGGACGAUCGUACCUUGUUUUCUCAUUUGUUUGGGGACGAGUACGAGGGUUUCCGCUGCGACAGGAGCUCACUCAACAGCGUGAAAAAGAUCGGUGGAGGAGUAAUUAUCGCUGUUCGCCGCCGCCUGAAAGCUAACAUUAUCAGUGAUCCCUCAUGGAAUACACUCGAACAGAUUUGGGUGUCUGUCCAGCUGGCCGAUAGAAAAUUAUUCAUCUGCGUUGUUUAUUUUCCACCGGACCGUACCCGCGAUAAGCAACUGAUCGAUGCUCAUCUGCAGUCAGUUUAUUCGAUAACCGCUAAGGCUAAACCGUGCGACGAAAUCAUAAUAGUUGGAGAUUUCAACCUGCCCAGUCUUUUCUGGCGCCCCUCUCGCGACGGCUAUUACUACCCCGACCCGACUCAGUCCACUUUUCAUGAUUGUGCACUGAAUCUGCUUGACGGUUACAACGCCGCGGGCUUACAGCAAAUCAAUAGUAAUCCCAACGAACACGGACGUUGCCUCGACCUUUGCUUCGUCAGUACAUGCGACACGGCCCCUGUGAUGGCAUACGCUCCCGACCCUCUUGUUAAAACUGUAUCUCACCACCCGGCUCUUGUCCUGUCUCUCGACAAACGAUCUAGAACCGAUCACCCGACUACAUCUAACUCGAUCCGAUUCAAUUUUCGCCGAGCUAACUAUGACGGUUUAUUCAGCGCACUACUAAACGUAAAUUGGAUUGAUAUUUUGAAUCCUACCGACAUCGAUUUGGCCGUCAGCGAUUUUUCUUCUGUCUGCUACGAACUGAUGGAACGUUUCGUUCCCAAAGUACGUAACCGGAGAUAUGUUCUCUGGCAAACAUCUGCGCUACGUCGUCUGAAAACUAAGAAAAACGCCGCAUCGAGAAAAUUUUCAGCAAGUGGUACGCUUCGUUUACGCGAGCACUAUCGUCAGAUAAAUUACGAAUAUAGAAGAUUACGGCGACGUUGCUACUCUAACUAUAGACGGCACAUAGAGAGUAAACUGAAGACGGAUCCUAAAAAGUUCUGGAAUUUCGUUAACCUGCAGCGGAAGCAAUCAGGAUUGCCUUCCUCUAUGGAGCUAGCUGGUGAGAUAGCUGAUAGUUCCACUGGAAUAUGCCGGCUGUUUGCCAGAAAAUUCUCGAGCGUUUUCAACAAUGAAGCUCUUUCUGAUAAUCAAGGUCUUAAAGCCGCAAACAACGUUCUCCCUACCGGACAUUCUAUGGCCUCGAUUAAAAUCGAUGACGACAUGAUUCUUGCCGCCGCUACUAAACUGAAACACUCUUGCUCUCCUGGUCCGGACGGUAUCCCAGCCACAUUGUUAAAAAAGUGUAACUCUGGUUUAACUUCACCAUUGAGCUUUUUGUUCCGCCAGUCACUGUGCACAGGAAGAUUUCCAAUUGCGUGGAAACAUGCAUAUGUGUUCCCGGUCCAUAAAAAGGGCGAUCGCAAUUGA